AUGAGUAUACCAUCGAUUGAAACUGAUAAUAUUGAUGAUGAUGAUGAUGACAUGACUAUGACACUGCAUGAUUUAUCGAAUACGACCGUUGCUACGCAAACGAGUUCGUCAUGGUAUUCGGUUAUAUCUGAUAUAAAUGCAAAUACUAAUCGAUCUGUUCAGCCGCAUUCGCUCAAUACUUGGCUGAAAAUUUGUUUGAUUGAACCGGAUAUUCGCUUGACUACUGCCCAAGAAUGGAAACUGCGGACAUGUAUGAGACGUUUACUUUCUCUAUGUGAUCUGCCUUUGAAAAUUUCGUGCUUUAACGCAGAAGAAUUUGUUUCGAUUUCGAAUGGGAAUUCUACCAUUCAGGUUGUUGAUCAAGUCGGUCUUGAUAAACUAGAGAAAGAAGAACCUUGUUCUUUUUUUUUCUCGUUAUUCAAGGAGCAACAGACGUUGUCAAUGGUAAACCCUUCAUCGAUUAGUCAGUCAGAGUUAAAACAGAAACAGGUUUAUCCUGAUCAAUUACGACAAUUGGGUUUAUAUUUGCAUAUUCUGCCGAUUAUAAAUUCAACUACGGAUGUGUUAGAAGUCAGAUUAUUCGAAUGUUACGCAAAAACUUCUUCAAUUAUUCACAUAUCAAUUAUCAAACAACCGAGAUUAGUGUUCCAUAUUUCACUGAACGUGCUAAUAUUAAGUUUAAGAAGUUCUAAUUCGUUACUGGAAUUACGAUUUUUCACGAGAGAACACGAAGCUGUACGAGGAUAUUAUUAUCAAUGGAAUGAAAUAAAAAAUGAAUGCAAGAAGUUAAAUAUCAGCGUAGAAAUUGAUCGAAGUUUAAUGAAUGACUUCCGUUUGACAAAAACACAAUGA